AUGAGCGCGCCUCUCCCGGGUACGGUCUCGGACUUUCUCGCCUACCUGCAGGACUCGGAGCUGGUGGCGCGGUUCCAGAGGCGCUGCGGGCUCCACCUGGUCCACACGCGUCAUGGUUCGAACCAGGAUCUGUACCGGGACCAGGAUCAGGACCAGGACCAGGGCGCGCGUGGAGAGGCACGUGGAGCGCGGCAGAGAUUUGACAACAGCAGGAAUGGGAAGUGUGUCAUGGAUCAGCACAGUCCAGAGUAUGAGGUGAGGAGGCCUCUUCUUCACCUCCUCUUCCUCGUCUCCUCUGCUCUGGGCAGUGAGGUCUUCUACAUCAGCGUCCCGCCCUGGCUCCACUGGAAUUUGGACCCGUUCCUCUGCCGCCGCCUCGUCAACAUGUGGACACUGGUGAUGUACGUGGGACAGCUCCUGAAGGAUUUGCUGAAGUUGCCGCGGCCGUCCUCGCCUCCUGUGGUCAAACUAGAGGACCGUGACGAGUACGGACUCCCCUCCACCCACGCCAUGGCCGCCACCGGCAUCUCCUUCACGCUCCUGCUCAGCGCCCCCACCAGGAUACAGUUCCCGUUCGCGGUGGGGCUGCUGAUGGCGCUGACCUUUUCGUCGCUGGUCUGUCUGAGCCGCAUCUACACAGGGAUGCACUCUGUCCUGGACGUCAUCUGCGGCAUCUUCAUCUCCUCCCUCCUCCUCUUCGUCACCUUUCCCUUCUGGGACUCUGUGGACCACUUCCAGCUCUCCAGCCCCCUGUCCCCCGCCUUCGGCCUGGGUCUCUCUCUCCUCCUCUGCUACACCUACCCCUCCCUGGACCACUACAGCUCCACCCGCGGCGACACCACCACGGUCCUGGGCUGCUUCACCGGCUGCUGGCUCGGAUACUGGCUCAACGCGCAGCUCGGCGAGACCUUCGAACCCAAAACCGAACUCUUACCGGUGGCUUUACCUCAAAUAACUACGGUUUCGUUCGCCUUUGGAACUCUUCGCUUCGUGCUGGGAGUGAUGGCGUUGGUCGGGACGAGGCAAACAGUGAAAUAUCUGAGUUUAAAGGUGCUGUAUUGGCGUUACAAAGUUCCGGAAUGGGAUGUAAACGCGAGAAAGAGGAGAGAGAUCGAAGUGCCGUACAGGCUGGUGACGUACACGUGUGUAGGUUUGGUGAAUUCGAUACUGGUGAAUAGAGGUUUUGUUUACAUGGGGCUGCUAUGA